CGGAAAGCUAGAAAUGGGACAUAGAUGAGAGAAAGGUGGAGAAGAUAGGCUUUCUUACCAUGCCAGGAUGCUGAAGGAACUCGUGCAUCGCAACCCUGCAGAGGCAUACAGUUAUCCCAAUUACAUACAAGUUCCUGAGGGGCCAAUUCCUUGACAUACAUACAUAAGAUUGGUCCCCUGGUGGAUCGAUACCUCCAGCAGCCCUGACGAAUGUGCAGUGGGAUACUGUCCAAGUUCUGAAGGAACCAAACAGAAACAUUGCGAGGUUGUUUAUACAGGUGGUUGGUCCAAAUACGUUCAAGUUGCCUUGGAACCCCAGUCGUCAGAAUGGCGCAACGAAGACCUCUGAGAUCACGUCCAUUGGAUUUGCUUUACUUUUCAUUCUUUCUGAUCCAUAUCCCUGCGACACUCCUGCUGGACUGUCAAGCUCUAUACCCCGAAUGGGCCGUGCCGUCUCCAAUCAAAGCCCUUCCUAUCAUCUACCUCAGUUUUUCGUCUGACCCACUCAUUGCGGGUGUGUUUGGUUAUUCCCCGGGUGACUUUGCGUGGUUCAAGCUGUUCCUUUACCUCGAGGCUUUCUUUCAGUUACCCGUCUUUGUCCUUGGCGCCUUCAAACUAUGGCAAGACUCGCCCAGCAUAUACCCCUUAUUGAUCAUGUACGGCGCUUCCACAGCUACCACGGUCCUGCCCUGCCUAGCACUUCUGCUGUCAACUCCAACCACAAGCCCGGCAACUGUCGCCGCAGGCAUCCACUCUGUCACGUCUUUCCAACGGAUUUUACUGCUGUCAAGCUAUAUACCUUUCUUGGUGAUACCUCUCUUGAUCGCAGUGGACAUGGCGUUUAGGUUGUCGAAGUUGGUGAAAGUGGGGACAGCCACUGAGGCCAAGAAGAAAAAUACAUAGAAGACAGCUCGCGUUUGCGCAUGCGCGAUGCCGCUCUGUAUGUGCGCUGCGUGGGGAACGAUAGGAUUUCUUUGUCGGAUACUUUUUCAGACCCAAUUGAAAUUAUUCUGGGCUUCAAUUUAUUGCGUUCUCUGAUGAGUAGCGGUAAUAACUUCUAGUGGAUGGCAAAUGACC